UCUUCAUCGCCAUUCGCCAGAACCUGAACCUAAAACACACCCCAACCCUUAAGCCCCAGCACGCCGCCAUCUCCCUUAAACCCUAAACUCAACCCCGCGCCUCCGCCAUGCGAGGCCGCCUCCACCUACUUGGCUUCCUCCGCCGCGCCGCGGCCUCCGCAUCUUCCUCUGCCGCCCACCGUACUGACCCUCUCUGCCGCCUACACCCGAACCCGGCGCGAAAUGGGGCAGCCGUUCCCACCAGCACCCGCUUCUUCUCCUCGCGCACCGGCGGCGCGGCAGGCAGCGCGAGGAGCCUGAUCGAGGACGAGGCUGACCUCAGUGACUGGGUGAGCGAUCUCAAGACCGAUUCCUUCCACCUCGGCGUCAGCAGUGGCGACGAGGGUGAUGCCUCUACCCGCAAACCCGCUUCCAGGGGAGGCCGAAGAGGAAGGGACUCAGGGGAACUGCCUCCGAGAUCGAGGUUUAGUGGUGGUGAUUUUGAUGGCGAUAGGCGUGGUGGCGACUUCGGUGGCGACAGGCGGGGUGGUCGGUUUGGCAGCGACAGCCGUGGUGGCCGUUUUGGCAGCGACAGGGGUGGUGGCCGGUUCGGCAGGGAUAGUCGUGGUGGCCGGUUCGGCAGUGAUAGGCCUGGCUCUGAACGGAGGGGGAGGGUGGUGAGUACUGAUUUUGAUGAUGACGAGGUCGGGUUUGGUUCUUCCAGGGGAAGGGAAAGGCGAGGUCGGGGCGGGAUGUCUUCGGUUAGUGAUGAGGAUGGUUUUCGCUCUCCCAGGGGACAGCGUGGACGAGGCGGGAGGGCAUCCGGUGUGUCAAACAGGGGAGGGAGGUAUGGCGAUUUGGAUGAAGAAGCUGGGUUUGAUUCUCCUAGGGGAAGACGAGGUCGUGGUGGAAGGAUGUCUGGUUUUUCACGGAGGGGAGGCAGCACAAGUGAUUUAGAUGAUGAUGAGGAUGACAGUGGCGAAGAAGUUGGUUCAAGGUUUCCGAGGGGAAGUCGUGGCCGUGGUGGAAGGAUGUCUGGUUUGUCACGGAGGGGAGGCAGUACAAGUGAUUUAGAUGAUGAUGAGCAUGACAGUGGUGAAGAAGUUGGUUCAAGGUUUCUGAGGGGAAGUCGUGGCCGUGGCGACCGACGGUCAAGGGGUGGGAAAAUGUUUGAUUUUGGUUCAUCAGAGGAUGAUAGUGAGUCAGGAGAAGUUCAUGAGGAUGAUGGCCCAUCUGGCUUUGAAGAUGAGCUCUCUGACGAUGAGGGUGACAAAGAGGAUUUGGUGAAAAGUGCAACUAUGAAACCUGUCGUUUUUGAGUCAGUUGAACAGAAGAGUGUGGUGGGCACAAGAGGCAAUGGAGGUGAUGAUUCAUAUUUGAGUCAGACGAGGUUUGAUGAAUGUUCUCUCUCUCCUUUGACACUGAAAGGUGUUAAAGCUGCUGGGUAUGAACGGAUGACUGCAGUUCAGGAGGCCACUCUUCCUAUUAUACUUAAAGGGAAGGAUGUCUUGGCUAAAGCAAGGACGGGAACUGGAAAAACUGUAGCAUUCUUGCUUCCAGCUAUUGAAGUCGUCUCCAAAUUGCCCCCUAAUGACCAAAAAAAGCCUCCCAUCAGUGUUGUUGUUGUGUGCCCUACACGUGAGCUUGCGGAUCAGGCUGCUGCAGAGGCUAACAAACUUCUUAAAUUCCAUGCAUCAAUUGGAGUACAACUUGUAAUAGGUGGCACUAGAAUGGCUCUUGAGCAGAAACGCAUGCAUACAAACCCUUGCCAGAUUCUGGUAGCUACGCCCGGAAGGCUUAAGGAUCAUAUGGAGAACACACCAGGGUUUGCUACUAGAUUGAUGGGCGUCAAAAUCCUCAUUCUUGAUGAAGCUGACCGCUUAUUAGAUAUGGGGUUCCGAACUGAUAUUGAGAAAAUAGUAGCUGCACUCCCCAAACAGCGCCAAACACUCCUAUUUUCUGCUACAGUUCCAGAUGAGGUUCGUCAAGUAUGUUACGUUGCCAUGAAAAGAGAUCUUGAAUUUGUCAACACCGUUCAGGAAGGAAGUGAGGAAACACAUUCACAGGUGAAGCAAAUGCAUAUAGUUGCACCACUAGACAAACAAUUCUCUAUGCUAUAUGGUCUUUUAAAGGAUCAUAUUUCAGAAAAUGUUGACUACAAGGUGAUUGUGUUUUGUACAACAGCGAAGGUAACAAGUCUUGUUGCUGAACUUCUAUCUGAACUGAAGUUGAAUGUACGUGAGAUUCACUCCAGAAAGCCACAAAGUUACAGAACCAGGAUAUCAAAAGAAUUUAAGGAAUCAAAGGGUCUUAUUCUUGUUAGUUCUGAUGUAUCUGCAAGGGGUGUUGAUUAUCCCAAUGUCACGUUUGUUGUGCAGUUGGGAGUGCCUACUGACAGAGAACAAUAUAUCCACCGUCUUGGUAGAACUGGACGCCGAGGUAAUGAGGGGAGUGGACUCUUAUUAUUGGCACCAUGGGAAGAAUACUUUCUGAAAAGUAUCAAAGAUUUGCCUAUUACAGAGGCAACAGCACCAUUAGUUGAUCUGGACACUAAAAGAAAGGUUGAGAAGGCUCUUGCACAUGUGGAGGUGAAAGAUAAGGAAUCUGCUUAUCAAGCAUGGCUUGGUUACUAUAAUUCAAAUAAACACAUUGGCCGUGAUAAGUACCAGCUUGUAUCACUGGCCAAUGAGUUCAGUAGAAGUUUGGGGCUCAAUAACCCUCCUGCACUGACUAAGCUUAUCCUUAGAAAGAUGGGACUAAGCAACAUUCCAGGUCUACGGUCAAAGUAAUAUGUGAUCAAUUGUUGGUGGUUAGCUGGGAGGGCUGAGGCCUGAGGGCCUGUUGCAUCGACGAAGGAGGGAGGGAUGCGAGCGGCCGAUGGAGUAGAGGCAGACAAUGGCGGUUGCGGCUAUGAUGGUUUCUUUCAGCGGAUGGAGUCAGGGCAUGCCAUAGGCCAUGUCCAACGCGACGCUAAGCCUAGGCGCUAGGGAAAAAUUUCCUACUCGAUUUGCACACAGAGGUAUUAUUUCCUGGCGUCGUGUUGACGUCGCCGCUUCAGAGAGUCAGACCCUUCAGCCCAAUGAGACUUUCUCCGACGAAGGAGCUCAACGUUGCCUAAGGGUGUGUUUGGUGCUCUGAGCAAACCAAGAAAAUCUCUCUUCGUC